GCUCUCACAAUUUACUUUUCAUCUCUACUUUUUGUCACGUGCACCACGAGUUUAUUUCAUCCCUUUUCUUGGCUCCUUCAGGAAAACGAACCUUGAGCUCUCAGCUGACGCACCACCAGCGAAGACAUCCCUACAAGACAAGAAUGAAAACUCUGUUGCUUCUCGCUCUGCUUGGCGGCUGCUGCACUUUAGGCCAUGCAUGCAGCUGCUUCGCCGACACCUCAGCAGACGAUUACUGCACCUUUGACCUGAUUUUUCUCGGGACUGCAUUUUCCGAGUAUAAGCAGAGAAAAAGACCAAUCGACCCUAAGGAUCCGUGGUCGGUCUUGGACAUCAAUGCUGAGUGGGUGUACACGUUCCAAGUAGACAAGAUCUUAUGGGCUAAGGAAUCACCCAAAGCACCGAAAACAGUCACAAUUAGAACUCCAGUCGAAGAUUCCAUGUGUGGCUUUCAAUUUGCACUGCAUAAAAAAUUCAUAGUUUUUGCUCGCCUGUACGAUGGGGCCUACACAACCGGCCUUUGUGACCACAAUGCACUCUGGUGCGACGUGGACAAAGGCCAAAAGCAGAAGUACUCAAGUCUCUUCCCAAACUACUGCGCACAAUACAGCAAAAAGAACUGAACGGAAACGCAGCCAUGAUGUGACGUAGGUUACCACG